UUCGUUUGAAACAUGAGAUUAACGUUCAAAAUUAAUUUGGACGUUAUUAUGUUGUUAGGAAUCCGGCAGUCGUGUCCUACAGGUCGUCGUGUGUGUUAUCGCCAUCGUUAUCGCCGUCAUCUCGCCACGUCGCAUCGGUGCAAAAUAGGGAAUCCCCGAAGAACGGAUUCCCGCUUAAUUUCUCGCGUUUUCUAUCGCGAGCAUAGUAAUUAAAUCCACCGUGCGACCGUGCUAGGCGAUCAUCGCAUCGUGUCAAUUAUCAUGAGAUUCUAAUUAUUCGCAUGUUCAUUUAAACACAUCACGCGUCUUCUAAUCGAUGAACAUGAGUGAAAACGGAGCAUAUUUCAACUAUUGCCGAGGGAUUUGGCAUCAUUCACUUUCGAAUAUACUCCCAUAUUCACAUACACCCCCACAUUCAAAUACAGUCCCUCUAGUCCAUAGUUCACCCAUAGGCUGGGGAUUUCCAAUUAUGCCUGGACCGAAUCAAUUUGAUUUUCAUCAAAAUAAUCCUCUGUGGAGAUCUAUGCUGCCAUAUAACGCGAAUCCGAGACCAUUGUUAAUGGAACCAAUGUGUAGGCCACCAAUUUAUCACCCUCCACCAAUUGAACCAUCAUUGAAUACAUUACAACUACCAAUUGAACCAUCAUUGAAUACAUUACAACCACCAAUUGAACCAUCAUUGAAUAGAUUACAACCACCAAUUCAACUACCAUUGAAUACAUUACAAUUAUCAAAUAAAGAGUUUCCUCCGUGUGAUAGAAAAAAAAUUAAUAUACUUAAACGUAUGGAAAAUGUUGAAAUCAAUGUAGACAACUUUAUAAAAAAAUUUAAGAAACAGAAAGAAGAAAACUUGAUACAACAUGAGCAAAAUUCAAUGUCUGUCACUGACGAUACUUUAAAAGAAGUUAGAAAACGUCUGGAAAUCAUAAGCACAUUUAAAGAAAAAGUAAUUGAAAGAAGCAAGUCUGAAAAAGACAUCAAAAAACCGCAAAAGAGUAAAACAACUGAGAUCAAAAUUGAAACUCCUGGAGGAGUCAAAGUUAAUUUAAGAGAAAAAGCAGAAAAAAAAUAUAAAAACAUUAAAGAAUCUGAAGAAAAAAGGAUUGAAAUCAAACGUCAAAGUUCUAAAGGAACCGAAAUUACGUUUAGAAAAGAAGGAAAAAAAAGAGGUUCAUUCUUAUUUUAA